GCACUGUGCCUAGGGCCUACGAACAUUUUAGGGCCUACGAAAAUGAAAUUUUUGGUUACGAUUUUUCUGUAAUAUUUUUUUUUAAAGUUAAUUAACUAUUUGUAGAUGUUAGCACAACAAAUAAAAUAUUUUUUAUAAUAUUUCUCGUAUAUUUAUAUUUAAUGUUCGUUAUCGUAAUUCGUAAUAAUCACUUAAUGAAAUCAGAUUGGAUAAACCAUAAACCGAUAAAAUGCAUACGGUAUACGGGAAAACGACUGUGUAUGAUGAAUGAAACGACGAUUUCUGUUUAGAAUAUUUUUGGAAAUAAUACAAAAAUAAUAUCAUUUACGUAAUAUAAAUAAUAUUUAUCGACCGCGGACUCACCCACACACACACACACACACGCGUGGACAUUAUAUGCGGGACUUGUUCGGUCGGUAUCGCCAUUCGCCGUAUCGAAACGAUAAGACAACAUUUAAUUAUUCUUAAGUAAUCCUUGUCAAUAUUGUUAUUUGUUCGUAGCAGUCCGCAGUUCCGUACUAUAAAUUAUAAUAUCAUUAUUCAUUAAUAUCGUUUAUUGUCAAUUGUAAAUCCAGUAUAGUGAACUUUAAACGGAACAAUCUCUGAACAGAGUAGAACUAGUAGAAGUAAUAUUGAAAUGUCUGGUGAUGGGUACAAAAGGAUGCACGAAAGUGGUUCUACUAAAAGAAAAAAGAAAGAAAAACGAGAUUUAUACAUCAGUCAACAAAUGGGGUCCAUGAGCAAAUUCAUAAUAACACAAAAUCGUUCUAAUGCAGGUACAAGUACAAACCAAAUUGAGAUUUCAAAUAAAAAUCAACUAAUAAAUAUUAUGACAGAUGAAUCUAAAAUUGAAGGUAAUUUAUUAGGUUCAUCUCCUAAGAAAACUGAACCAAAUUUGACAACUCCCUUAAACGAAACUACAAGUGUUAUAACUGAAUCUAUACCAGAUAAAGUUAAAUCCAAUCUGACCGACCUUAGUAAUUUAAAAUUUAGUAACGAUCCUGCACAUUGGGAAAUUAACGCUGAUCUGAUUUCUUAUUUUUCUGAAAAUAUUCCUAUUCAAAAUGUGGAUGCAGAUUUAACUGUAUCUGCUAGACAAUUUGGUAAAAAAAUGAGAUAUUUCAGAAAGGAAUAUUUUUCACGAGCAUUAGGAAAUGGUGAGUGUGUAAAUCGAGACUGGCUGAUAUAUUCGCCAUCCACUGGAUCAGUGUAUUGCUAUGUGUGUAAAAUUUUUCGUCAUUUGCAAAGUAGUGAUAAAUUAACACUUGUGCAUCAAUUCGAAAGUGGUUUUGAUGAUUGGAAAAAUAUUAAUGUUAGAAUGGAAACUCACGAACAAUCUAAUGACCAUUUUAACUCGAUAAAAAAAAAUGGUAGACCUUCAAAAAUGUAAAAAAAUAGAUGUGGAAUUAAUAAAUCAGUAUAAUAAAGAAAAAAUGUAUUGGAUUCAAGUUUUAAGACGAGUUAUAGCAGUAAUUAAGUUCUUAUCGUCUAGAGGAUUAGCUUUUAGAGGAGAUUCGGAAGUAUUUGGCUGUCCAAAAAAUGGUAACUAUUUAGGUUGCCUUGAACUUCUUUCUAAUUUUGAUCCUUUUCUUGAAGAGCAUAUAAAAAAGUUCGGAAAUCCUGGCAAAGGAAAUAUAUCAUAUAUGUCAUCUACGAUUUGCAACGAAUUUAUAGACAUUCUUGCUACUACUCUAAAUUUAAAAAUUGUUUCUGAAAUAAAAGAAUCAAUAUAUUUCGGUAUUAGUAUUGAUUCGACGCCCGACAUAGCGCACAUCGAUCAGUUAACGAUCAUUAUUCGUUACACCACCAUUGGUCAAGGAAAAGUCGUAGAGAGAUUUCUUGGCUUUGUUCCUAUUGAACAGCAUGAUGGUAAAUAUCUUUUUAAUGUAUUGACUAAAUUGCUUAACGAUAACAAUAUUGACAUAUCAAAUUGCCGUUCUCAGUCUUACGACAAUGCGAGUAAUAUGAGUGGAAUAUACUCAGGAGUUCAAGCUCUUUUUCGUGAAGUAAAUAAAUUGGCCGAGUGGGUUCCCUGUGCUGCACAUAGUUUAAACUUGGUAGGAUCUGUUACUGUUGAAUGUUGUACUGAAGCCAUUAAAUUUUUUAGUGUGGUUCAGUCAAUUUAUACGUUUUUGGCAGCAUCACCUCAAAGAUGGUCUAUAAUGUUAAAAAAUAUGAAGGAGUCUGUUUUUGUAGUUAAAAGUCUGUCUGAAACAAGAUGGUCCGCGCGUAGUGAUGCAACGAAGGCAUUAUCACUUAAUUAUGAAGAAAUCCGUCAGGCUUUGAUUGAUAUUUCAUUAUCAGAAAGACAACCUCCUAAUGCUGUUAAUGAAGCUAAGUCACUUGUUAAAAAACUCAAUCGUCUUGAAACUGUUCUAAUGUCUAAUAUUUGGAAUGACAUUUUACAACAAAUUAAUAUUGUAAACAAAUCGUUACAAACACCCGGUAUUGAGAUAUGUACUGUCGUUAACCUCUAUAACAGUCUUAUAUUAUGUUUUAAAAAAAUGAGAAGCGCCGAAGAAUUUGAUUUAUUUGAAGAAAAAGCAAAAAAAAGAGUUUCUGGUUUGUCUGAUUAUUCUGAAAUGGAAUCUAGAAAACGUAAACAUAAAGUCUCGAUAAAUGAUGGCAAUGCAAUUGAUGCUGUUGAUCAAAUGAGUGCUAGAGAUAAAUUCAAAACUCAAACAUUUUAUGUAAUAAUUGAUAAAUUGAUUGUUGAAAUGGAAAAACGAAAAAAAGCUUAUUUAAAAUUAGACGAAAGAUUUAAUUUUUUAACUAACGAGAGUUUAAAAGAUGAAGAAAUAAAAAUAAAGGCAAAUAAUUUAGUUGAAGCCUAUAAAACCGAUUUAGAAUCUUCAUUUGUUAAUGAGUUUUUGAUUUUUAAGAGCUUUCGAGAAACUGGGAUGUCUGUUAAUGAAAUGCUAAUUAAACAAAUAAAUACCAAAAUGGUAACAAGUUUUCCAAAUGUAAACAUUGCUUUUAGGAUAUAUUUAUCAAUUUUUGGGACUUCGUGCGAAGGUGAAAGAUCAUUUUCAAUUUUAAAGAGGGUUAAGAACUGGCAGCGGUCAACUAUUGGACAAGAUAAAUUAUCAUCAUUAUCGGUACUUGCAAUUGAACACGAAUUACUCCAAGACAUCGAUACCGAAAAAGUUAUAGAAUCAUUUGCAAACAAAAAAUAUCGUAAAAAACAUUUGUAACAAUAAAUUUAUAUUAAGACAUAUUCUACAUAAUACUGUUAUUUUUAAAUUGUUACAAUAAAUUAUCUUGUUUUAUAUUUAAAUACAAAGAACAAAAUGAAAAAUGGUAUAAAAUAAGUUGUUUUGUAUGGUUCCUGCAGUUUAAUUUUAAAUAAUAUAUUUUGAGUAAUGUAAAAUGUAUUUUUAGAUGUGUUAAAAUUGUCAUUAGAUAAAGUUAUGAUUAUAAAGUUAAUAAUUGAUUUUCAGGUUGUAAAUAUUUUUGAUUUUAAAGACUUAAAACACUGCGAAAAACACUACCUCUCCCAAAAAUUAGGUUUCUUAAUCAUUUAAAUACUGAACACUACAGAACCGUAUAUUAGCACAUGAUGGGUAAUAAAGAACUGUGCCUAGGGCCUACGAUAGUGUUAAUCCGGG